AUGGGAGGCGUCCUGGCAGCGGCGGUCACGGUGGUGGAGGUCUGGUCCAGUGACCUGGGACUGGGGGCAGACCGGCAUCUCUUUUUUCCCCCCUCCCCCUCCUCCAACCCUUGGCCCCAAUUACCCUACUGUGUCUAUGAGUUAUGGCUCUGCUUUCAUUUUUUCAGGGCUGUGGGGAAGACAUGUCUGUUGAUCAGCUACACGACAAAUGCCUUCCCUGGAGAGUACAUCCCCACUGUGUUUGAUAAUUAUUCGGCCAACGUCAUGGUAGAUGGAAAGCCAGUCAAUCUGGGCUUGUGGGACACAGCAGGACAAGAAGAUUAUGACAGGCUGAGGCCUCUUUCCUACCCACAGACAGAUGUUUUCCUGAUCUGCUUCUCACUGGUCAGCCCAGCUUCCUUUGAAAAUGUUCGAGCCAAGUGGUACCCAGAGGUCCGACAUCACUGCCCCAACACACCAAUCAUCUUGGUGGGUACCAAGCUGGAUCUGAGAGAUGACAAGGAUACCAUUGAGAGGCUGCGUGACAAGAAGCUGGCUCCCAUCACCUACCCUCAAGGUCUAGCCAUGGCCAGAGAAAUUGGUUCAGUGAAGUACCUCGAAUGCUCUGCUCUUACACAGAGAGGCCUCAAGACGGUCUUUGAUGAAGCCAUCCGGGCUGUGCUCUGUCCUCCACCUGUGAAGAAGCCUGGCAAGAAGUGCACCAUGUUCUAAGGGCAUCUGAGUUCAGCAUGUUAUGGGUGUGUCUCCUCCUUGCGUGUGUGUGCAAGGAGGGAGCGUUCGCUGGGUGUUCCCGCAACGGGAGUGGGCGGGGCCCUUCAUCAUGUAUGAAGUCAGUGUUUUUUAAAUGUCUCUUUGAUUUAACGUCUGUGUCGAUGUAAAAAAAAAAAGGGCCGCAUGGGAGAUAAAAGAGGAGCUCGAUGUUGUCCCACCCCCAGGGCGGAGCAUUGGGGGAGGAGCAUGCUCCCCAUGACUCCAUGCCAGGGGGGUAACGAGUGGAUGGAGAGACCAGCCCUUUCUUACUACUUCUAUUGGUGCUAGAGGCUUGCAGUUGGGAGCAGAUAACGAACCCCAGUUGAUAUGGGGGGGGCGGGCGGCAGGAAAGACAAAUAUGGACGCAGGUUUCAGAACUAGCCAUUAGUGCUUUAUUGUGUGAGACAAUAGCCGAGCUUAAAUGAUCAGAGCAGCUUCUGUGCCAUCCAAAGCUGUCUUUGGCCUUCCAGGGCACCAGCCUGUGCGCAGCUCCUAAGCUGGUUUACUGACCAUCAACUCUCCCAAAGACAGGGAAGAGGAAGGAGGUCUUGUUCGCCGUGCCCGGCCCAGGGCAGAGCGGGGCUACACAGCAGGAACCUUUCUGUAAGAUUUUGAGAAAAAGAAAAAGGAAAUUAAAAG